AUGUGGAUCUUCCGCGUCUUCUCGUCCGCCGCCUUUUUGACCGCGAUAGUUCUAUCGAUCCCCUUGGCCUUUGAUGUAGGGGGUAAAACGUGUGGCUUGGCCUACUCGCUCUCGCUCGCCAGCUUCUAUUUUGUGCUGUCGCUCCUGCGACUGGCUACCCCCGACGAUUCGCGCUUUCGACGCCUGCUACUCACCCUGGUUGCGUCGACGCAGUCGCUCAUCGUGCCUGCCUUGCUCAUAUGGUCCCUGAACCGUUUCUCGGUCGACCCGGACAACCGCAAUCGAUGGGUUGAUACUAGCAAGGCCGGCGACAACCGCACGUGGGAUGCUUCCAUCGGGGCUUGGGUUUUUGGCCCAGGAGGUCUUGCCGAAACUGUGACGAUUGGGAACUGGGACAAGCUGUUGCGUUGGUCGACGCCCGUCUUUCAGCUAGUUGAAGGGUUUUGUAGUCUGCUGGUCAUCCAGGCAGCCGGCCAGAUCACCCGAUGGCUCGUGAACAGAAGCGGUGGAAGUGACACUUGGAUGAUCAGUCUUCUAGUUUUGUCCGCCUCCGUCAUUUCCAGCUCGGUUUAUUAUCUAUGGCGCGUUCUCCAGUUUCCAGAAAUAUCCAACGUCGAUGCUGCGUUGAUCGGUGUGGCCAUCACAAGCGCCGUUAUACUGUGCGCCUGGGGCAUUGGUAGCGGCCGCGGCAAUGCAGUGGAGAGCUCGCUCUUGUUUGCGUAUAUCGUUCUCUGCGUCUAUCAAAUCUUCACCGACUAUCAGCCUUCCCAGCCUGUAGAGCAGGCUCCACCUGCACAGGCUGCAGAUUUCCCUCCGCUGCCGCCUAUCAUCAUGGCGUCGUAUAGUACGCUCAUCCAUAUGCUCUCCCUGCUACCGUCUAUCACGCAUGCUGCGUUCAAUGUUGUGACGGCAGCAUUCAGUGCCAUCACGCCAUCAGUGCUCAUCACUCUCGCCUACCGUCUCUUCGUCUUUUACGCUUCAACUCGAAUAAUCCCCGCUGUUCGUGAAUCCGGAGCACGAGCUCUCUCCCAGGAAGCAUCGUUGGAUGACGAUGACGGUGCCGGACAGCUCUUGGGUCUUCUUAGCUGGUUCUCGCCUACCAUUCUCGUUGCUGUCUACACUAGCUUGCUGAUGCAGCAUUUCGCCGCUAAUUCCCAGACUGAAGUGGGCGGGCAGUGGUGGUUGAGUCAAGGCGAUGUAGGAUCGAACUUUUGGCGGUGGAUUAACCUGGCCUGUACAAUGGCCCUCUAUGCGUUUGAGCUGUGGAUUAGUAAAGAGGAUGACAUCGAUGCCGGCGUCACUGGUCAUUGGAAGACGGAUUGA